GACUAUUUUAUCAUAUUCAACUUGUAUGCAGGAGGAGAGGGCUGCAGCAAAAACAUCAUUGCUUAUUACAAGUUUGAUUAUUCGUAUCGUGAUGUGUGCAACGGAUACAACGCUAUCAAUGAUGGGAUUGAAAACGACUUGGAGUCAUCUAAAGGAAUAUCUGGCGGUGGAUUUGCAGUACAGCUACUCGUAUAUUCUGCUAAACUACGUGUUCCAGGCCUGAAUGGUUAUACGUGGGGGUAAGAACAAUCGGCGUUACCUAGCUCAUAGAACUAAAAUUUAAUUUGGCUAACGUUUGUUUAUACACAAUUUACACGUACAAUUUUAGAUAACUCCUAUAGUAUUCAAAAUUAAAAGAGCAACUCUUGAGAGUAACUCGUAAGCUCUGGGCAAACUAGGAAACAUUGUUGCGGAAACAUUGUUUCCUACCAGCGUUUCGCCAUGUUUCCCAGAGUGGGUAAACACUAGGAAACAUUAGUGAAUUCGCUAUGAAACAUCUUUAUGCUUCUUGGGAAGCAAAUUUUGUUUCCGCAACAAUGUUUCCACGGGUGGGCAAACAGGGAAACAUUUGAGAAAACAUCGAGAAUCACAAAUGUUUCCACAACAAUGUUUCCUAGUUUGCCCAGGGCUUUAGACAUAACUCUAAUGCUUAGUUACUUUUGUACUAUUCUAUACGCUUCUGUCUGACCAGACCUUGAAAAAGUCAGUGUUUAAUGUUGCUCGGAUCCUGAAUUUGCCAUAUAUGUUCCAUAAUAGUAAUGUUCCAUAAUAGUAACUAUAGGCAUGUGCAUGAAUUAUCUAAUGUUCUGAAUUGGGUAGCAAAGAUCAGUGUAAACAACGUUAGCCAAAUUAUUGUCUAUAGUGAUGUUUGUGCAACAACCAUUUACUUAUUACCUCCGCCAGGAGGUUAUGUAAUCAUCUGGGUUUGUAUGUGUGUGUGUGUAUGUGUGUGUGUUUGUCUGUGAGCACGAUAACUCAAGAAAUACCAAACAUAUUCAUACGAAAUUUUUUGAAUGCAUUUCCCAUCGGCUAAGGAAGAACUGAUUAAAAUUUGGUUGAAUUUGGUUAAAAAUUGAACGAGAAAUGAACAAAAUUUUGUCUUGCUUUUCCCGGUCAAUUAAAAAAAAACUCACUGAAUACGUAUUUAGGACGUGUAUAAUGUAUGCAUGCAGUACUAAGACAAUAAUGAGAUGAUAAACCUCAUUAAGCUUCAGCCUUCAUUAUCUAUUGUCUUCGUUGCAUUUCACACGACUGAAAUUCAAUGCGGGCGGAGGUAUGCAGUCUCUGAGUGCCCUCUAUAGUUAUCUAUGUUUUUUAGGUUUAUUCUGAAACGUGGUCCAUUAUAUUAGGCCCAUUUUACAUUUUACACAAGUGUAAACGGGACUAUUGUCACGUGCGUAUUGUGUUUUUGCCCAACCAACGGCCGGCAACCAAUAACAAUGUUUUAGGAAAGUUUCUUAGCUACCCGUGACUUGAACAGUUGGGCAACGUACUUAAAGGACAUUGGCAGUAAAAAAUAAGUUUGUCUCAUUCAAAAGAACUCUUAAAAUUAUAUAUUAAACUCCAUUACCGAUUUGUCAUAUCUUGCUUAAUUCUCGAAAUAUUUAGACCGAAAUUAAUGAGGUGUCCGCCAUCUUGGACAAAUUCUUGACCUCAUUAACUAUGGCUUUGAUGACGUCAGGAGUUGGGUUAACCAUAAAAAAACUACUCUAAAAUGACCGGGUAACAUUCCAAAUUUUUUGAAAUGUUUUGAAUCAUUUCUAGAUUUCAGACAGCAACCAGAAACGACGUUUUGGACCCAUAUUGAUUGCUUACUCUCAAGAUUAAACGUGACCCCUUUCUUGAUGUAACAUGCAUAUCCUCAAUUAUUACAGUACAAGAUGGCGAAUAGCCCACUUCAAUCGUUUAAAAACUAAGCAAGAUAUAAUGUAAUAGAGUUUAAUAUAUAAUUUGAAGAGUUCUUUCAAAUGAACUAAACUACUUUUUUUUAUUGCCAAUGUCGUUUAAAAAUUAUUAUUGGUGGAUUUAGCGAAAAUAUAUUAUAUACACGUGACAAUGAAGGACCAUUUUUUUGCACAAACGUUGACCAACAUAGAUAAUGAUUAUAUUGUUAUUCUAAAAAGUUUCCAAACCAUCUCUUCUAUUAACUAUGAUUUUAUGAAGCAGAAAAUGCAAAAAAAUUUUGGUUAUGCAAGUUGUUUGUUUUUUUUUGGGGGGGGGGCUAAUUUCCAUAAAUUGUCCAACAAAAAAAAUCCUGGAGAUGCGGGGGGAUUCCGGACCUAACAUACUUCCUACUUGAUAUUUUUGUAUGUACGUGUAUUACGUAACGAUUUUCUUUCAUCUUUCCUGUGCGGGGGGCUUUAUGAAGCUUUACGUCAUUUUUUAUACUCCAAAUGUACGCAUGCGCAGAACGGUCUGUACCGCAUUAAUUUUAUGUCUUUCCAGUGAAUUUUAUUGGAAAAGUGUUAAUCAAAGUUGUGAAUUUGUUAGCUUUGUAGCAACGUUUUGUCAGCCGAAAUUGUAUAUGAUAAACGUGCACGCUGUAUAGCUUAUUAGCUUUUUCUUUUAAUUUUUAAAAGGUCACAGUUUUCCGUCAGUCUCUGGUUCAAAUACGCUGAAUCUCGUGGAUUGAUAAACAACGGUAAAAAUGAUGCAAGCUGGGAAAUAAGAAUUAUAAACAAACCAAUUCCCAGACUGAUUUUCAGAAAUACGACGGUGGUCAUGCAUUUGAUUCCAUUUAUCCGUGCUAGCAUUGUGACGACAAACAACUCGUCAAAGACCUGGGAUGUUGCUAUGGUACAUUACAACCGCUGGCACCAUAUUGUGAUGACGUACGAUGGCGAGACCGUUAAGUUCUAUCUCAACAAUCGUCUUGUGAAAAACGACAUGGAGUGUUGCCGUGGUAACAUCAUGACUAGACAAAAUGACGUUGUGAUUGGUGAUGGAGGACGGCCGUCUUCUGUCCACAUUAUAGAUGAAGUAUUUCUGUUAAAGAAAGCUUUAACCGCUGAUCAAGUCAGAAAGCUUUAUCAAACUUUGACUUUCGAUGAAACAACAGCAAUCUCCUCUUCAAGUUCUCUUCACUCUGUUAGUUUUCUCAUUGCUAUUGUCUUCCUAGCAUGUACUUUCCUGAAUAUUCCAAAUUAAAAUAAGUUGCGUGACAAAUGAAUGCUACUUUGCUUGUUGUCUCUUACACAGAGGUCUUGCGGUAUGACGUCUCGUCAAAAUUAACCCGCCAUUUUGGGUGGCAAAAAUCUGUU